UUAGUAUCAAAUAAGCAUAGAAAAGCUAUUUUACCAUAAUCAAAUGCUGUUUUGGCCUUUGAGACUCUUUGAUUUUUGUAAAUUUAAUAUGUUUACAAAUUGCUUUAUUCUGUUCAGUCUUUAAUAUUAAAUAUAAAUAUUAUCUGAAACCUGGAUUUUGUUCCACGUUUCUGAAGUUUCGUUCAAAAAUAUCCAAUUUAUAAAAAUAUUUUUUAAGAAGGAAUUCAUGACUUGUUGAAAGCCUAGUCUUAGGAGUUUGUAUUCAAGAGAGGCUUUUUAAUUAAUUUUAAUAAUUAAAUGUAUUGUUAUCAACGUUAUUGUUUUGGUUUUAUAUGGACUUUAGGUAUUUAUUAAUUAGACCGUAUUCGGCCUAGUUUCAUGUUGUUGUUCGUAUCUCUUUAAAAAGGAUUUAAAGAAUAAAGAAUAUCCAAAAUAUGUUGCUAAUAAUAAAUUAUUUGAUUGAAAAGAAAUCUAGUAAAUAAUUAUUUUAUUUCCUAAGUGUAAAUUAACUUUUUAUUUAAGGUCUUAACAAUUAUUUCAUCGUCUGACUGUACCAGAGCUAAGGUACUUUUGGUUUAGUAUAAAAUUAGCAUAGAAAAGCUAUUUAACCAUAAUCAAAUGCUUUUAGGCCUUUAAGACUCUUUGAUUUUUGUAAAUUUAAUAUGUUUACAAAUUGCUUUAUUCUGUUCAGUCUUUAAUAUUAAAUAUAAAUAUUAUCUGAAGCUUAGUUUUUGUACCACGUUUCUGAAGUUUUGUUCAAAAAUUUCCAAUUUCAAAAAUUUCCAAUUUCAAAGAUUUCCAAUUUAUAAAAAUAUUUUUUAAGAAGGAAUUCGUUAUUAUAAUUAUCAUAAAAAUAUUGGACUGAUAUUGGCCCACCAAUGACUUGUUGAAAGCCUAAUCUUAGGAGUUUGUAUUCAAGAGAGGCUUUUUAGUUAAUUUGAAUAAUUAAAUGUAUUGUUAUCAAAAUUAUUUUUUUGAUUUUAUACUGACUUUCGGUAAUUGUUAAGUAGACCGUAUUCGACCUAGUUUCAUGUUGGUAUUCGCAGCACUUCAAAAAGGAUUUAAAAAAUACGCAAAAUAUCCGAAAACUGUUGCUAAUAUUAAAUUAUUUGAAUGAAAAGAAAUCUAGUAAAUAAAUAUUUUAUUUCCUAAGAGUAAUGCUGUUAAUUUAACUUUUCAUUUGAGGUCUAAACAAUAAUGCUGCCAAAUCAUCAUGAUGCUUCUAAUUCCAGUUUACGUGAUUUGAUCUACAAAUGAAUGCAAAACAGAACGAUUUUUCAGCAUAAGCUGGUGGGAAAUACCAAUUUUGAAUGUUUUUUGAGGUUUCAUGCAUGGAAACUUUUGAGAUGAAUUAAUAUAAAUAUAAAACGGACACACAAGCGAUUUUUAAUAAUUGAAAUUAUGUCUGCCAAUUUCACAACAUUUCGUGAAAUUAUUUCAACGUCUGACUGUACUAAGACUAAUGUACUUUUGGUUUAGUAUCAAAUUAGCAUAGAAAAACUAUUUUAUCAUAAUCAAAUGCUGUUAGGGAAAGGAUAGUUAGGCCUUUAAGACUCUUUGAUUUUUAUAAAUUUAAUAUGUUCACAAAUUGCUUUAUUCUGUUCAGUCUUUAUAUUAUAUAUAUAAAUAUUAUCUGAAGCCUAGUUUUUGUACCACGUUUCUGAAGUUUCGUUCAAAAAUGUCCAAUUGUCGCAAAAACUACGCAGUCCACAGUUUUAUAAAAAUAUUUUUUAAGAAGGAAUUCAUUACAAUAAUUAUCAUAAAAAUAUUGUACAUUUCAAAGAUAUAGAAUAUAAAGUUAAAAAAAAGCCCCUUAGAGUUGCAAGUUUUAACACCAUUUUUAUUUAAUUAAGAAGGCCAAAACAGUUAAAAACGCGAAAACAAUAUUGUACGCCUCAAAUAUAAUUACGAAAACGUUAAUAAAUCGAUUUGUCACUUUUUUUUUAUCAAAAAUUUAAUUAUUUAUUAAGCCAAGUACUUUUUGAAAAACAAUAAAAAGGCUUAUGUCUUGAAGUAUUGUAAUCUACAACAAACCGGUUUUCCCAUUAUGAAAACUAUUAAAUUGGUAUAACUGUUUACUAACCAUAUCCAAACUUUUCUUCUUUGAGUUAUUAAUUUAAUUUAAUUUUUGUUGAUCAGAAUUGUCCUCUAUCAAUAAUAUUUGUACUCAUGCACGGUAUCUUGUCUCUUCUUUUAUUGGGCAGUCAAAGUAUUAUUUAUUUAAUUUUAUACAAUUCUUGAAAGCUGACUGCCACUGUGUUUUAACACAAUUGCAGGCUAGUUGAAUGCCCUAAAUGUUCAGUAUUUUACAUUUCCAUGUAAACGAAUGCCUUAGCUUGGUUCUCUUCCAUUCCAAUUGGAACCAGAUAUUUACACAUCGAUCGAUAGUUUAAGGCAGAAUCGAUCGACAGCAUUAAAGGGGAAUUCGCGGCCAGGCAAAGCAGUGUUUUUAUUAAUUCCAAUCAGAAAGAUAUACAAAGACUUCACCAGAUUGGAACCCGGUAUUUAUACAUAAAUCGAUAGUUUGAAGCAGAAUCGAUCGACAGCAUUAAAGGGGAAUUCACGGCCAGACAAAGCAGUGUUUUUAUUAUUUCCAAUCAGAAAGAAUUACAAAGAUUUAGUACCUUAGAUAUAAAAUAUAAAGGGCGAUAUAAAAAUAAAGAUAGGGCGGAUUUCACCAGAUUCAAGUUAGUCACCAGUUGGAGACGGAAGUCUAAUAAUGGCCGUCAGCAGGACAAGUAAUUGGUCACUCCAGUCACUGAACAUCACUUCGUAUAACAUCAGGGGUCUGGAGGGGAAGCACCUGGAUAGAUCAUUUUUGGAGUAUCUCGGUAACUUUGAUAUCUAUAUAUUACUCGAAACCCACACGCUUCCCGAAGCCCCAGCCACCGAAAUCUUCGAGGAACAGCAGCCCGACUUUGAGUUCUUGCAUUGGAAGGAUGCAACGAAGGUGUUCCGACGAGGCAGAGGAAUUGGUGGGUGUAUAGUGGGCAUUAGAAAGUCGCUUAGGGACCUCGGAAUAACUCACUCAGUUGCUGAAGCAAAUGGCUUAAAAGUUCUACAGCUUCGCCUGGAGAGAAGGCAACUGAGCAUAGUUCCACUCUACAUCCAUACUGUGGGUUGGGACGCAGAGUUCGAGCCCGUAAGACGAGCCUUUGAGAACAGUGAACUCUCGCUUGAGAACGCCAUUGUAAUGGGCGAUGUGAAUGUGCGAAUCGGGGAACUUAAACAGGCAGUGGAGCCCAAUCCCUGUGUGGCCAACACAAACGGUCGACUUGCCAACGACAAAAAGAGGGAGAGAGGAGGCAGGUUUAUUUCCUUUUGCACCCAAAACAAGCUGCAAAUCCUGAAUGGCCUGACCCACGGCGAUUCAGCAGGAAGCUACACCUAUUUCAGUGCUGUGGGCAAUUCCACCAUCGACAUAGCCGCAGUUAGUCAGGGUCUCAUGGCGUCGGUGGUGGACUUCAAGGUGGACAAGCCAGAAGUGGGGCAAACCCGCCAUGGGUCCGAUCAUUUGCCCAUAUGCCUACAAGUGGACCUUGACUUCCUGCGAAACUGUCAAGCCGCCAGGAGGCCAAGAGUUUAUCCACUGACUCAGCCAACGAAUAACAAUGUCGUCUCAUUUGAUCCGAAUAUCGAAGUGACUGAUCCAUCUUUGGACUGUAAUAUAAGAGCCGAGGAAGCAAUAUUUGUCCUUAGGCACAGCUCUUGGCCUGAGUUAUCGAAAAAUGCACUGAAAGACAUAAUUGACGGAUUAACACUGCAGUGUAAUGAUCUUUUCAACGAACCGAAUAGAAACAAAACCGUCGUUUCGAAUAUAUACUCACAAUCUGAUCUAGCAAAGAUACUACUCAACAUAGUGAGGAGGAGGCUGACCAGGUGGUGCAAACAAAACCGCAUCCUAAGUGAUUGUCAGUUUCGUUUUUCGGGAAAGUCCUCGAAGGUGGACUUUGUUUACAUUUUAAGUACUGCUGCAAGUCUGAAGUUGGCCGAAAAGGGAACGAAAGUAUACUCGUAUUUUGUUCACUUCAAAUCGGUACACCCAGAAAUGCCCAAAAAACUCUUGUGGAUAAAACUUCAAAAGCUGGGAGUGUCGUCAAAAAUAGUAAACUAUUUAAGACUCGUGUACAAAAAUAAACAUAACCAAGAUGAACUUUUCAACUACUUUCAAAUCGGCGGUGGAGUUCUUUCGGAACUGAUUUUCACCCUUUAUUUAAACGAUCUUGCCGAGGAAUUAAAGGGAGAACCAGGACUUGUGAUCGAUAAUCGCCAAAUAAGCAUUCUAAUGUAUGCUGACAAAGUCGCCAUUCUUUCUGAAAGCACUAGAGCGCUUCAAGAUAUGAUCAAUCGGCUGGAAAAGUUCUGCAUCAAAUGGGGACUGGCGGUGGACAUGGAAAAGUCGGAGGUAAUGGUGUUCAGACGGGGCGGUCAGAUUUCUGCAGCGGAAAAAUGGAUUAUCAGAGGAAAAGUGAUCAAAACUACUUCCAAGGUCGCCUUUCUCGAUUUUGAGUUCACUUCCUCGCUCUCAAACAGAAAACAAGUGCGCAAAAUGAUUGCUGACGCCAAAAGUCGCCUGGAGGAUUUCAGUACCGAAACUGAACCCUGGAUAAGAUUGAUGGAACGUUAUAUGGCUCAAAUUUGGGGAAGUCAGUUGUUCAAGGAGAUCGACAAGCUGCAGGAAAGUUACAAAAGGAAAACUGGAAAUACCACUAUCUGCAAUGGUACCCAUCUUAAUAGUCUUGCCUUAGACCUACAGCUAAAAUAUAUUGGAAGUAUAUAUUUUUCAUGCAAUCAAAACUCUUUGGCUCAGUUUCUCAACCUCAAAGUGAUAGAGAACAAUGUUCUGUGGGCACAGCAACUUAGUGAUUUUUGUGAGCCUUUCAAAUUGAAAUGGAAGAGCUUCCUCAACUCUGAACUAGAAUGGAGUAAUUUUUGCUCUAAUCUGCUCACCCGCCUGGAAAAACCUUGAGUCUCCAUGGAUUUUUAAACAAGAGUUCUAGUUCAAAUUUUUUUCUACAUAUUUUUUAAGAAAGCGAAACUAUCUGUGGUAACUCCAGUUUUAUAUACCCCAGCAGAUGUAAGAAAAAUGUGUUAGUAAUGUGUUGACUAAAAAAUUUAUUAAGAAUUAUUAUCUUAAAAUUUAUUAAGAAUUUAUGUUUUUAAAAGAAAACACAUACGAUUAGAGGGAAAAGGUUUUUAUCUAGAUUAAGUGUUUUUGUUACGUUUUCAUAAAUAUGGUUUUAAUUCAGUAAAUUAAGUUCGCUACAUUGAUAAAUAUCUGUCUGGACUUUCCUAUUGAGUUUUGACAUUCGCUUCCGUGGUGUCACUGAAAUCACAUUUAUGUACAUAUGUACAAGGUUCAUCAAAUAUAAAUUCAAAUACCUCUUUAA